UCGGUAGCGAGGACGGCGACAGAGAGGAUAGGACAGGACAGGACAGAGCAGGACACCUGGCAAUCUGACAAGAAAGCAGUCGCGUUGCGCAGACUUAAGCUUCUUCGCGCCAUCCUGUUCCGUUGAUCAUUCCCAAAGCCAAACCUUGCACAACACGGGAAGGACGGUCAAAUAUGUAUAAGAAGGCGACCCUCGCCCGACUUUCUUGCACUCCGACUCGACUCUGUCACAUUGAUGAAGACGACCAUUGCCGUAGGUCAGGGCGGCAACCUGACUCGAGGCUAGCAGUCUCGUGUCCGAAAUAUGAUGCACCUAUGCCUCUUCCUAGUCCUGCUCGCUCAGCCAAUAGUCCUGUCCAAGGCGCAGCACCGUCCCUCCGCCCCUGCUGCCCAAGUUCUAUCGAUGAAGACGACCGCUGCCUUGGUAUAGAUUUGCCAUCUGACCACUGGCUAGAUGCCUCGUCGAGAUACGACAUUCUACCCUCUCAGCAAGUCGGUCAUCUAUCUCGCCUCAUCGAUGAGGACGACGAUUGCCAUGCACAGGCUUGCGACCUGCGCACUGGCUAGCUGUCUCGUCCUAGAUGAUGCACUCGUGCGAAUACGCUCAGGCUUCAUAGAGUCCUACAUUGAGCAGAGCCGACGCUCUGCUCCUCGCUGCGCACUGCAGUAGCUUGCUACGAUCUGGAUCGCUACGCGAGCCAGCUGUACAAUAUGAUGGCAACAAGUGUACAACAGCUACAGUGCGGAAUUGCACUGCGGUCUCAUUGUAUGACGCAAUCUUUCUUUACCUUUGCUCUACUUACUUUGGGCGGUCGCACUGCUGUGUCUGCACUUUGAAUCUGAGACGGCGUAGCAGCAGAUGCUUGCUGAGCUUGAGCAUCCUCUCUUCGCUGGUGUCUGUGCUGGAUAUCGUAUUCUUCUUGCUGCAGUGAAGCGGCCAGCGCCUC